AAGGCUUUCUGUCAACUACGAACUCUCGUACGGAAAAGGUACCCGUCUGUGUCAACGUGUCGCGCCGCGCGUCGUGCAUCCGCGCACCGAUAUAUCUUCGUCGUGCGAUCGACGACCUUGCGGAGAGAGACUCGCCGCAACUCGGCGAGGUGUGAACACCACAUUUUCUUUUCGCAUUUGCAUUUCUUUUUUUCUCUUUCUGUCUGUCUGUCUGUCUGUCUGUCUCUCUCUCUCUGUGUCGCGCGCGUGUGCGUGUACGUGAGAUUUUUUUGGAUGUAAUCGGAUGUAAUCGGAUGGAAUUUGUUGACGAGUGUUUGCAGCGCGAGUCGCCGAGUGAUCGAGGGAUACCGGUUCGAUACGGAUACCAGCACCCAACGAGGAUUACGGGCAGAAAGUGUGCCGGAUGGAUGGUGUUGGAUCGCGUCGAUCGAUCUGCUAGUCUAGCCGCUCGCGACAAUGAAGCGUAUCGCGGGAUAGGCGUUGUCACGUGGUGUACGACCAAGUGUCACGUGGCUGUGUCGCGUUUGAACGCGUUUCAGGACGAACCUUCGUCGAACUGAAGAAGCUGGCUACAUGGAAAUUACGGAAUAAAAGAAUCUCUGAAAGUUGUCCCUAUUGAGAACUGACGCACGUUGAUCCAAGAGUGAAACGGUUGGCCAGCAACGUUUGUCUUUGAGGCGGACGGCGAAUAAUUAAUCAGGAUACUAAUUAGCCGGCGCCGCGAGAGAAGAGAAGGGACGCGAAGCGGCUCAUCGGAGCUGGCUGGCUGGCUCGCGACGGAUUUGCUGAUUAAACUCGCCACCGGACGACCCGAAGACGGUAUGAAAUCCGGAUGAAAGGGCGGGCUAAUGAGACCGGGGAGACGCCUCGAGAGCUUCUCGUAAGAACGCGAUACUGGAGGGAUCGGCUCGCAGCCACGGAACUACCGGCGAGAUUGGCAAUUUCCAUCGGGAGUGGAUAGAAAGAAAGAAAGAAAGAAAAGAGAGAGAGAAAGAGAGAAAAAAGGAAAAAGAUGUGGGUCACUUGAGCUGUAUAGAGCUUGUCGUCCAACAACAAGUCGACUCGAUUUCGAUCUCGCAGUUUAAGAACUGUUUUCCCUCUCGAUACUUACGUAGCUGCUUUCAUCGCGAAAGCAACGGCGAGAUCUGCAAGUUGCAAAGUGCGUCGAACUGUGGCUCGAGGAUCGAGUAAAGUAAACUUUUACACGUUUUCAAUUCCCGAGGAUCGAUCCGGCGCGGAAAGAUCAAAGUGCCGAGUAGAUCUGGCUUCGAGCAGUGGAGGAAUACGCGCGGUGGAAAUUGGUUAGCUAGCGUUCCGUUAGCUUGCGAUCCGAACGAUCCGAAACGGUCCCCGCCCAUCGAGCGAAUUGCCGCACUCCUCGGAUAGAAUCCGAGAUCUUGGUAGUCUUUGAAAUUCCAGGAGGCGAGAGAAGAGAGAGAGAGAGAGAGAGAGAGAGAGGCAAGAUCUCCCGGAGAAUAAAAGGGAGGGGCGAGGAAUCGAGUAAGGUGGAAACUCGCCAAGUGGCGGAGAAGGUGUGUUGCCUGGAUCAUCAUCGGCGGCUAUAUACCACCAGGUGUUCGGGAUCCGGGUUGGAUUAACAGUCGUUGGGUGCAAAUUACACGGCGUGUGUGAGUGGUCUCCCCUCGGGGGAACGAUCGGUCCGCGCGGCGACGUUUCUCUCAGAUGUCGAGCAAACGAUGAAGCACUCGAGGCGAGCGAGUGGCUCGAGUGCCACUUCGAUCGCGAGCGAUUCCUGCUCCAGGUGCGAGGGGAUGUGUCUGACGAAAAUGCGGCUCGCGCUACUCUUCCUCUGCUCUCUAUUCGGAUCAGGGUCCUCGAUACAGCUGCUCAAGCUGGACGUGCCCAAGAUGGCGGACCCAAGGUCGGACAAGGUGGUGCUGAAAUGCGAGUACGACCUCGGCGGCGAGGAUCUGUACUCGGUGAAGUGGUACAAGGACGGCGCCGAGUUCUUCAGGUUUAUGCCGAGCUCGAGGCCAGCUAGCCGCGAAUUCCCCGUCGACGGUGUGUACGUGGACGUGAACAGGAGCGACAGCAAACAGGUGACGCUGCUGGGACAGGCGAACAAUCGAAGAG